AAGCGUAAAAGUGGAGGUGCUGAGUGGGAGGAGAAAGCUUCAAGUCAGAGCUUCCAAAAGUCCGAGUGCUGAGUGGUCCAGGAAAGGAAUCUGGUAUUUGUAUGUUUUCCUAUUUCCAAGAAAACGUGCUGCCCUUGUCGUUUCAGGCUUCCUCCCCAGCAUACAGCGGCUCCAACAUCUAUUCCCCGGAUUCAUCGACCAACUCUGGUCCCAUCAUCUCGGACGUGACGGAGCUGGCCCAGUCCAGCCCUUCAGCAUCUCCCAGCGGCAGCCUGGAUGAGAGGAGCAGCCCUGUGGUCCGCAUCAAAGAGGAGCCCCCCAGCCCCUCCCGCAGCCCCAAGGUAGAGGAGGCCAGCCCAGGGAACCCCCCCGCUGUCGAAACCCCUCUGUCUCCCUCCACCUUCAUCGACUCCAUCCUGCAGGAGAACGAGCCCAGCACCACGACCGCCGCGGCCGGCAACAGCACCGCGCAGCCUCAGCCCCAGGAAAAGUGCCUCAGCGUUGCCUGCCUCGACAAGUGAGUGCCUCCAUUCGGGUUCUGAGGUGCUCGGGGAGCUGCAGUCACUGGUGUAAAGGUGGAUGUUCUGUAGGGUAAUAGAAUCAGGAAAUAGGUGGGGUUGGAAGGGACCUUGAUGAUGGUAGAGCCAUGAGGUGGUUGGGUUGGAAGGGAACUUGAAGAUUGCAGAGUCAUGAGGUGAUUGUGUUGGAAGGACCUUGAUGAUGGUGGAGCCAAGAGAUGGUUGGGUUGGAAGGGAACUUGAAGAUGGUGGAGCCAUGAGAUGGUUGGGUUGGAAGGGAACUUGAAGAUGGUGGAGCCGUGAGGUGGUUGGGUUGGAAGGGACCUUGAAGAUGGUGGAGCCAAGAGAUGAUUGGGUUGGAAGGGACCUUGAAGAUUGCAGAGUCAUGAGGUGGUUGUGUUGGAAGGACCUUGAUGAUGGUGGAGCCAUGAGAUGGUUGGGUUGGAAGGGACAUUGAAGAUGGUGGAGCCAUGAGGUGGUUGGAUUGGAAGGGAACUUGAAGAUGGUGGAACCAUGAGGUGGUUGGGUUGGAAGGGAACUUGAAGAUGGUGGAGCCAUGAGGUGGUUGGGUUGGAAGGGACCUUGAAGAUGGUGGAGCCAAGAGAUGUUUGGGUUGGAAGGGACCUUGAAGAUGGUGGAGCCAAGAGAUGGUUGGGUUGGAAGGGACCUUAAAUGUCAUCAAAGAAGGGGUUGGAUUGGCUGGUCCUGAAAGAUCAUAGAGCUGAGGAAUAGUUGGGUUGGAAGGGUCCUUAAAGAUCAUUGCUGCAUGGCUGGUUUGGAAGUGUCCUUAAAGAUCACAGAACCUCGGCAUGGCUGGGUUGGACGGGUCCUUAAAGGUCAUAGAGCCAGUGAAUGGUUGGGUUGGAAGGGUCCUGGCAGAUCAUGUAAUAAUGGAAUAGUUGGGUUGGAAGGGUCCUUGCAGAUCAUAUAAUAAUGGAAUAUUGAGUUAGAAGGGUCCUUAAAGGUCAUAGAGCCAGUGAAUGUUUGGGUUGGAAGGGUCCUUGCAGAUCAUGUAAUAAUGGAAUAGUUGGGUUGGAAGGGUCCUUGCAGAUCAUAUAAGAAUGGAAUAGUUGGGUUGGAAGGGUCCUUAAAGAUCAUCGUGGCAUGGCUGGGUUGGACGAGUCCUUAAAGAUCACAGAGCCAGUGAAUGGUUGGGUUGGACAGGUCCUGAAAGAUCAUAGAGUCACUGAAUGGUUGGGUUGGAAGGGUCCU